AAUCAAUUGACAACCAAUGUCAGUUUGACAGGACUUGCACGCAGUGAGAAUUACCAUAAUUCUUGGUCCCGAUUGUGGAUUUUUGAUCCUUGUUUAAUAAGAUCUGAGAUCUUAACAAAAUGGCUUUCAGAACUUCAGCUGUCGCCUUGAACAACAUGAAAAGAUGGGCCUACAAAAUGGCUGGAUUUAACAAAUACGGUCUGCUCCGCGACGACUGCCUCUAUGAAACUGAGGACGUCACCGAGGCCCUCCGCAGGAUCCCACAAAACGUAGUCGACGAGCGCAACUUCCGCAUCGUGCGCGCUAUCCAACUCUCCAUGACCAAGAACAUCCUGCCCAAAGAGGAGUGGACCAAGCUGGAGGAAGAUGUCUUAUACCUCACUCCCACCGUCGAACAAGUCAAGAAGGAGAGGGAGGAACGCGAGAAUUGGGAAAAGAAUUAUUAAAUAGUAAAUUAUUGUUUGUGUAUAUAAUUUAAAUAAAUUUAGCGAAGUUCCGUUGCA